AUGUCACGGCAGAAUCGGGCUGCGCCUUCGUCAUCAACACCAUCCACUAGUGGCGCUUCAGGUGGAACUGGCACCGGCAUACCGGUACCGGUGGUACAGCAGGCUCAACAGUACCUGGAAGAAAACAUAAAAGCAUGGAUGGAGCCGGCCCCGCAACCACCAAGCAGGGAAAACAUUCCUCCUCUACCGAUAUCGAACGUAGUUUCGACAUCCGACAGUCCCAGUGCCUACCACCACCAUCACAGUCACGCCAGAGUUCCCAGCACCUCAUCCACUUCCAGUGGGGUGGCGCUAAAUUUGGGACGGCAUGCAUCGGCUCGCGUGCCACCGCUGACCUCUCCAUCAAGCGGUUACAGUGAGCACAGUGAUCCGUAUGUCGCCCUUAGUGCUGGAGAAAGGGCUGUGAUUUUGUCUUCGUCGAAGCAUUUUCCUCAUUCCUUGUCCUUCGGAGGGUGCUCUCAGCACUCACUAUUGCAAGGAACCUCAUACAGUUCUCCAUGUGGGAACUCACCUUUUGGCAUCACACAACCAUCUGCGGCGGCAUCAUUUUUCGCAAGAGCUGCUCAGCGCUUGAACUUGUCUGCGAAGAAGAAGAAGAAAGAUCCUGAGCCUCCUGUGUUCCGAACGAAUUUUAGAGACAUCAUCAAGACACAUCCACCACCUGUACCCCCAGGACUGCUGAGGAUAACGGGUCGCAAAGAAGUGACGGGAGUUGGAAAGGUGAAGGUAAUGCUUCGCAUGUGUCCAUCAAAUGAGGUGAGCGGAGCUGAUUCAUCAUACAUCACCGUGGACAGCCGAAAGAAGCAAGUCACGCUGUAUGACCCAACUGUCUGUGGUCAGGAAACACCUGGAGAAAGACACGCUGGAGUGGCAGCGCCAAAAAUGUUUGCUUUUGAUGCUGUUUUCUCUCCCGAUGACAAUCAGGCCGAGGUGUGCUCUAGCUCCCUUUGUGACGUCAUCAGUUCCGUGGUCGGUGGAUCGGAUGGUUGUCUUUUCGUAUACGGCCACUCCAAGUUAGGGAAAACGAGCACUAUGAUUGGCAACAGUAAUUCAGUUCAAGAGCUUGGUGUGAUACCGUGUGCUAUCUGGUGGCUGUUUCGUGCAAUUAACGAACACAAACAUCGGACUGGUGCCAGGUUUUCGGUUCGGGUUUCAGCUGUCGAAGUCUCGGGUAAAGUUGAGGAGCUGCGAGAUCUGCUGGCUGAUUAUGCUGCAGGUACCGAGGGCAGCGGAUCCGCCCCAGGGGUGUACUUGAGGGACGAUCCCGUAUUUGGAUCACAGCUUAUGAACCAGAGUGAACUUCGAGCUCCAACUGCGGAGAGAGCUGCUUUCCUACUGGACGCAGCGUUAGCUGCCAGAACUUCAGAAAACGAAGAGGAUGCUAGAAAUGCUCAUUUUUUGUUCACUCUGCAUGUCUACCAAUACAGAGUCGAAAAAGGAGGACGGGGAGGAGUGGCAGGUGGACGCAGCCGACUGCAUCUCUUUGAUCUGGGAAGCUGCGAAAAGACGAGUAAAUCUCGGGAUGGGAGCUCAGGUGGCUGUCUCUCUCUCUCCGCCCUGGGGAAUGUGAUCUUAGCGCUUUUUAACGGCCAGAAACACGUGCCUUAUAAAGAUAGCAAACUAACGCAACUGCUUCGAGAAGCCAUGGGAAGCAUAAUGUGCCGAGCAGCCAUGAUCGCACAUGUGUCAACUAUGCCUUCACGCUAUCCUGAAACUCUGGCAACAUUGCAACUAGCGUCAAGGAUACAUAGGCUACGUAGAAAGAAGUUAAAGUUUGCACCAGCUGCUGAGCUGGGACCUAUAGGUGAUGAUAAAGGUGUCUGUAGACCCUUUGUUCGAAUUCAUGCUGUUGGAGAAGAUGGUGCUGUCAAGUCAGGUAGCAGUGAUCAAGACUACACAUCCAGCAGUGAACAAUCAUGCGACACUGUGAUUUUCGUCGGUUCUGGUCGGGGUGCUACUCUACCGGGAAACAUCUGUGAUAGACAUAACAGCCAACCUAUAUCUCCCCUCGCGAAGGAAACUCAGAGUACAUCAACUGGUGGGGUGGGUGGAACUUCCAGGAAGCAGACUUCUAAGCCACAUGUACCUAGCCAUCAUACAGAAAAGUCCUCUUCUAGUAGUGGAACCACCAACACCCCACCGGCAUGCAAAGAACAAAAAUCUUCAGAUUAUGUGUCAAAAAGUGCCUUAAAUGAACAUUUUCGAGUGCCCAGUAGUGGAGCAGGGAUUGCUUCCCCAAAGAAAAAAUCCAUAAGCUCAUCUCCAUAUUCUUCUCCAAAACACCAAAAAGUAGGGGAAACUGAUUCUGCAAAAAUGUCUCCCAAAUUAAGUAAAUAUGUCAUGCUGGAUUAUUCUAGUGAUGGUAAAAAGUUUAAAGGAUCAUCAGAAUCCGUGAGCAAAAGUUCUCCGUCACGCAAGCCAAGUUCUGUUGAUCCACACCAGAAGUCUGGUUUUGUUUCUGCAAGCACUCUGACAGGAAGUCCACAGUCCCAGCGCAAAUCCAAGCGUUCUCACAAACAGGAUGUUUCUCAACAGCAGCUAUAUUUUCAGCAACAACAAUCGGAAAUGCUAAAAGUUUUGGUAAAGGAACCCAAACCAACAAGUGAUGAAACUUGGAUAGAUGGUCCUAGGUUUACAAAGCCUAAGUUUGAUUCAAGGACGUUGCACCAGUUGCAAAAAGAAAAAUGGGUAGAUGGACCAGGAAUGUAUGGCUAUAUGGAUGUGCAAAAAGAAACUAUGAUUAGAAAGUGGGUCGAAGACCAUUCAAGAAUCAUUCCUGAGUCCGAAAUGGGAAAUAGAAAAGAAGUAUGGAUAGAUUUUCCUCCUGAAACGGAAGAUAAAACUGUACUUCAUGCUAGUGGGAAACAUACGGCAGCACCUAAUGAAAAUUCUGAUAAGCAUAGUACCUCAUUAACAGAGAAAAUUAAAACGGAUUCUAGGGGGAAAUCUGUUGAUCGUUUGCACCGUGAAUCUAGUUUAGAAAGCGAUAAAAAUCUCUAUGCUAAGGUAUCAUCGAGUGUGCUGAAGGAAUCUCAACGGCAACAUUUGGAUACAGAUUUCCAUAAAAAUGGAAAUAUAUCCAAGGAAAUCAAAGAAGUUGAAGUUUCAAAGCCGAAACUCAAUUCUCAAAUUGUUUCAGAUUUGGAAAAUUCUAUCAACGGUAAUUUAAGUGAACUUAUGGGUAACUCUGACCGAUAUAGUUCACAGUCUUCCUCAGGAUCAGUUGAUUUUAAUGAUAACAAUAGUGAAGAUCUUAAUUUCGUAUCCAAUUCUGAAACUAACUGUUGCCUUUCUAACAGCAACAUGCCUCUUGAAGAUAAAGAUGGUUGCUUAUUGCUUACGGAUAACAACGGCCAAAGUGACCUAAUUACAAUGGCCGAUUCCUGUGUUCAGGUUACUGAAGAAGAUAUAUUUACUAGUUGCGGAUGGCCACAAGGAGUUAUCGAUAAUCAUCAUUUCAGUGAUACAGAUAGUUAUGAAGGCAUAGAACAUCCUUUACAUGUUUUAAGUGCAGAGGAUUUAAAUUUAGCAUCUUCAUUUACAGAUUCUAGAGCAGUCAGUGUAGACUUCGAUACUCUUAGUGUUCCAGAAGGUUGGACAGCAGACAGUCAUGAUUUAGAUCCUGAUCUAACUUGGCGUUUGCUAAGGGGAGGUUCACUACCCCAUCACGGUGCUCGAACAAGUCAUUCACGAAAUUUAAAUUCGAAUGAAGAUUUAACAGAAAAGAAUAAUAUGUUAGCUUCUAAGCUCGAAAGGCUUGCGAAUCUUCGUCAGAUAAUCGAAAAGAAUUCCGGUCACCAAGAAAGAUGGAAAGCAUCACACUUUCCAGACACUUUUAGCAACCUUUGUAGCUCAGACAACCGUUUUCCUUUCGUUAGUAAAUUGCACCACAGUGCCGAUUCGAGCUUAGAAGAACUUAGGGAAAAUGAUGUUAAUAGUAUUCGCAGUGAACCAGCUGAGUUAGACAUUGAAAAUUUUGAAUUUCAGUUUAAUGUUAAACCAAUGAACGGACUUCGUCUAGAAGCCUUUUAUAAUAAAAUACAAAAAGUUCCUCUUUUUCCAGACUGUUUUUCCCAGUUUGGGAAACCAACACAAGUUGUGCCUCCCAUCAUCAAGCAUAAAACCAAAUAUAUUAAAGUUCCCUUAGAAGAUAUAGAACCUAACAAGUCUUUAAACCAUCAAGUUAAAGAGAACGAUAAUUGUGAGAGCUCUCCGAAGUCAAAACAUAGGUGGAGCACCUCUCUUGGGAGAUUUAGUGGUAUUAGUAAAGACAAGAGUAGGGAACAAUCGCGGGAGGACAUAUCAGAAGUUCCGCGAGUGCAUGGUUCUAGUGAAAAUGUGUCUCAAGUUGAAAGCGCCGCAAAUUCAUCAGAAACGGGUCAAACAAAAUUACCUUUAUGCUCCGGUUCCACAGAGAAAGUACAUCAAUCUUUAACGGAAGUGAUUCAAGAACAAAGGUGUCGUGUAUACAGUGAAGGACCUUCUUCAAGUCCAGUGCCAUUUCAUACCACAAAAUAUUCUGCUCAACGAACUACAAAAUCUAGAAUAAUCACCGAGCAUUCUGUUGGAAAAUCCAUCCGGGUAACAGAACAACAAAGUCACUACAUCGGAAAACCAACAGAAUCUCCUGAACAGAGGCAUGAUUUCAUGUUAGUCAAACAACAUCAAAGAAAAAAAGGAAGUCCAAAGCUAUCACCUCGAGGUAUUCUUGGGGCAUACCGGAAUAGUCAGAAUAAACAAAGCAAGCCGCAUGUCCAGUGCCCUUACACUUCGGCUGCAAAUAGUUCAGAAACUGCUGUUUGUAUAAGUCCCAGCAUAUCUGGCACACCUGCACAUGUCAGUACAUCUCACAUACUAACAGAAGCGCCAGUGCAAGUCCACUCACAAAAGUCACACAUCCUUAUCCGCAGUACAUCAACUCCUGCUAGUCCAUUUGGAAAUAAUGUCUCUCCGCCAAGAACAGACGCUGUACUGAGCGCCGAAUCCUAUUCCUAUCUUUCAGCACCAACGCCUACCGUCACAACGGUAACAACAACAAAUAUGUUAUCAAAGAAAGAAGCAAAGUGGGCAGCUAGACAGUCCAGUAGUGGCCAUGGAAGUGAUAGCAGCGUCAUUAGUGCAGAUAUCAAAGAGACAAAAGAGCUUUUGGGUAAAUUGUCAAAGACCCCCCAGUUUUCUGGAACCAGCAGUGGCUACGAGAGUAUGCCUCGAGAUAGUGAAGGAACACCUCUGUCUUCCUCGAGCCAGGAAUCUGGCAGUGAAGUUGGUGCUAAAAAGGAAUCUAGAGGACGGAAAGGAACUCGGAAAAAAUCUCAGGGUUCAAGCAAACGAAGUCGCUCUGUUCCUGCUCGACCUCCUGUCACAAGCAGUCCGACUUGGCAACAACAGCAACAGCCCACACCGACUGCUGUUACCAGACAACAACUUCGUGGCCGUUUGGUGAGGGAUCUUCACGAUCCUACCCUAUGGAAGUCGGAAGAAGAUGUUUGUUGUACUAGUUUGCUAUGCUGUCGGCUUCUCGAUUUCUACUGACUGUAAAACUACCUCGAAAUGACGUCGUUCAAACCCAUGUGGCAUGCAAAGUAUUCUCUGAUAGAAACGGUGUAGACUGAUGAAACGAUUAGCGAAUAUAGAGAAAAUAUUACAAUCGUUAUUUCGGUACAGAACAGAAUUGUUGUAACUAUUUUUUUCUUUUUUAUAAAAGUAUUCAUCUUCAUAAGUACAUGAUAUCUUCCACAAUAAUUUCGAAACUGCGUCAACCUUUCAUAGGCAGUAAAGAGAGAAUACUUCUUAAUUUAUUUCUAAAUAGCGUCUAGAGAAAAUAAAAUCUGAUGUGGACCACACAUGACUUCCUGAUACAGGCCAAUAAAUUAUACAUAUUUUUUGCUGCACUUCACUUAAACUUAUUUCUUCGAAUUAUUCUAAUUUAAAUUGACCGAUUUUUCCAGGCAAAUUGAAGAUGGUAUCAAAAACCGCAAAGUUUGAAGUAAAAUAUCCCGGUCAACUUUUGUUGUACGGGAGUCAAGCAUCUUCUAAAUUUUAUUUUUUCAUGACAUAAAAUUUUCCCAAAUAUAAGUAUAGGAACAGGGAAACAAGAUUAAAGUUAGAUAUCGUUAUUUAUCAAAAGUUAAUUUUUUUUUAAAUCUGACAUUGGAAAACAUGAAUAUUUUCGUCAUUUAAAACACUUCUGUAAUUGUUUGUAUAUGUAUAUGACUACGAUCAAAGAAUGCGAAAAUAAAAGCAGGGCAAGAAUUUUAAAACUCGGUAAGGGGGGGGGUCGAUGUAUAUAUACGUACUUUUGGUACCGUCUAUUGCAAUAAAAAAGAGAGUUGCACAAUUAGAUAUUAUAGAAGUUCCAUAUACAAAAUUUCAACUUUCUACUGCUAAUCAUUUUUGAGUUAUGCGAAAUACUUGCAUACAUGCACAUUUUACGUACGUACAGACGUCACGAAAAAGUCCAUUUUACAAUCAGUUUUGCGAAAAAAACGAAUCCUUUAUUCUAUCCCUGUAUAUAAAUGCCACGCAAAGAAGUAGUCAAAAUGGAUUCGGGAAAGGUCAAAAUGUAUAUUUCCUGUGAAAUAUGAAACCCGAAAUUUUUCGCGAUUACGAUAUUUCUUUUACUUCAUACAUAGAAGCAAAAACGGGUUUACAGAAUCAAUUUUCAAGGCCCAGUCCUUAAUGAUGACUAUAUGAAUGUUUUUGUUGUUAUUUCUAAUCAAUUGAUUUUUUAAAUAAAUAUAAAUGUAUUUGUUGCACAAAAUAUGUAAAAAUUAAGAAAUUAACAGUCUUGAACCGUUAAUAUUUAGACACCAUUUUUUUUUACUAAUAAGUUGAACACCAUGUGUUUGUAACAGUUAACUGAAAAAUCUAACUUUUAUUCUGUGAUUUUAUUGCACAAUGUUAAAGUCUUAUUUUAAAACAAUUCUUUUCUCUAUAGGUAAAAAACAAUCUACGCAUUAUAAAAGUAUUUCAAAAGUAGUUCCAUUUCUUAAAAAUUUUCAAAAGAUGCUUUUGGAAGAGUUUUCAGGUUUAGAAGAUUUUUAAGAAGGGUAAGAAAUUAACAAAAAUAAUUAUUUCAAAUAUUUUAAAUUUCUUAACAAUAUUUCUAUUAAACAAUAUACAUUUACACAUAUACUCAUUUCAGUUAUAUAUCCUUAUUUCAGAAUCUUUCCGUAAUAAUUGUUCAUGUACUUCUACAAUCGAGCUUCAAAUUUUAAAUUCGAAUUAAGGAUUGAUCAUAAUCAUUAUUAUAGUAAUGAAUAAAAUUGUACUAAGUUAUAAUACUUUGUAAGAGAUACAUAUGUUCAUAAUUUUAAGUAUUAGCAGAUUAUGAAGUACUUAUUUAAAAAAAUUGUUCCAUUAAUCAUAGGGUUUGCUAAUUGCUUCAUGCACAAAACGCACUCAUUAUUUUAAUAUAAAUAAUUAGUUUUAAACAGUAACCUGCGUUUAACUAAGUAUCUUUGAGGGCGAAUAACUGAAAAAUGUAAGAUAUAAAUUUAGUUAAACGCAUUCUUUUACUGAAAUUUGUAUUUGUAUUUAUUUAACGUAUUAAAUUAUUAUGUUUUCGUAUGUAGUAUUAAAACAAGGUUUUUUCUCUAAUAGAAAUUGAGGCUUCCAAUCUUAUGUAAUAUUAAAAGAAUAAUACAAAUUGAUAUGAAAAUACGUGAAAAACAUUGCUUCUUACAAUAUCAUCAGUUUAAAAUACAAAAACGAAUUUAAUACCAUAAUGUAAUCAGAAAUUUCAGGUAAAGAAAAUAUAUAUUAUUUCUUUAUCGUUGCAUUUAAAGGCAAAACUUCAGUUAUAAGAAUUUGUGAAAAUAAUUUUCAAAUGAGUUUGCAAGAAAUUAAACAUAAACUAGUGGGCUGCAGAAAGGUCAACUUUCGUUCUGUGGGUAAUGAGCAGACUCCGAUUCGAAUUUCAUCGAGAGCAUGAUAGAUUUAACAGAUUUCUUCCAUCUUCAGCUCCUUCAAAUAUCUCUAUGUAUCACUUGCUAUUUAGGUUCCAAAUCUUUAUUCUUUUCCAAAUAAAUGAUAUUAUUUCUUAUCAGAAGCGUCGGCGUUUAGCUACUUGGAGAAAGCUCAUGAAAAUUAACGAAUGAUUACUUUUAUGUCUAUCAUACUUUGAUUCAAUAACAUGUGUCACAAAUUUGCCCGUUAACGGCCAGUGGAACAUAAUCCGAAGACUCGAAACUCGCUUUCCCUGAUUUCAAUUCCUCAUGAGUAUAUUUCUACGAAAAGCAGAUUAUGCUGCAGUGUCGUUAGUCAUGAAUGCCUGUGUGUUAGACGGAGUUUAAAUUCGAGCCCUUCAGUGACAAAGCAAUUUCUGAAUUUCAUUGUACUAAUUAUGCAGUACCUAGUAAAUAAUUAAAAUUAAAUAACUAACUAAACUAACGAUGCUACAGGUGAUUAUUUAAUGAUAUUCAGAUAGCCAUAUGGAUGCUUAAAAGAUAUGCAUAUUGGCACAAAACUCUUCUUGUAUAAAUGGUGUAAUAAGUGCAAAACAUGGCUGUUCUACAACGGAAAAAGUCGCUGCAGUAAAACACGGCGACAUAAAUGAGAUUGUGCUUUUAGGAUAUGUACACUUUCUGCAAACGGAAUGCACAAAUAUUUUAAUACGCAUAGUCGGGUGGCUCUUGCUAUGCCGUAAUUAUCUUUAGUUCUCUCUGUCACAGACUAAAACUAUAAAACUACUUUUUUGUUUAUGUUCAUUUUGUGCUAGCAUAAUCAACGAGUAGCAAAUGAAUUAGGAUGAUAACUCCAGAGAAAACAUAUAUGAAAUGAUUGAUUGCGCUUUCACUUCAAACCAUUUGAUUACUAUUUUACGAAAACACUUUGAUAAUUCGAGCUAGCUGACAACUUUGAAAAUUAAUCUAUUUUACUGAUUAUUUGAUUUCCUGAGAAGAAUGAAGUGGAACUCUUUUAAUUUGUUUCGUGUAUCUCCGUUUUCGUCUUCUCUUAUUAAAUUAGUAACGUCUUCCAUUUUGGCCAAUUUGAGCUCCGAUCCAUUACCUGCUAUUUCUGAUCAGUCAUACCCUUUUCAUUCUGAAGAAGUUAACUUUUUAUUUUAUUUUGUUUAUUUCUUUUGUAUGUGUGUGUUGCUUUACUACUGCCAAUUUCUAAAUGCAUUUUCUUUCUCGUAAAGAGUAAAAGCUAAUCUUUUUCAUUCUCGUUUCUUUAUUGUUCAUCAAAUUUCGCUUGUAGGAUAACGCAGUUUAUUUUUAUUUUAUUACGAAUAUCUUGAAUCGACUCUUAAGCAAUGAGCUUAAUGGAUUAAUAGUGCAGUGGCAAAAAACAGUUUAUUCUUUUUGAUAAAUCGCUAGAUGAUAUGUUGAUCUUCUUUCCAAAAUUGUAAUCUAAGGUAUUUAUAUUUCAAUACGUUUGUUAAUGUAUAAUUAUUUGUACAAGCAUCUAAAAUCUGCUCAGUAAGUGCUGCUUAUUCUACGCAAAAUUAUAAAAUCAAGAUUUACAGUAGACUAUCUCUUAUCCGAUCUCCUGUUGUGAACAAAACUUUUGCUCCCAGUUCCAAAAACUCAGCUUAAAUGAAAGCUAAUAAAAAGUACUUUUAUCAUAGCUUAUCCGCAAAAUUUAUUUAAACGUAAUAUUUAUUUAUUUCAGAAAUCGGGCUCAGACUAAGAGAUUAUAUAUACGAAAAUGACUCUAUCUUCACAAGAGAGGACGCGUUACAAAAUUUUUCAUUUUUCUUUUUUUUAAAAAUAAUUACAUUUUAGGAGAUUUUUGUCAAUUAAGCAUUGAUAAAAUAACGGUAAAUUAAUUUACCAGUAAUAAUUGCUUUCAUUAAAUCGCAAUAAUAAGUGCACAACAAUCUGCUAUCAUAUUGCAAGUAUUGAGCUCUGUUUAUUUAUAAAAACGGGCAUAUGUCACCAAAGUUAUCGUUAUACAUGAGAAUAACUGCAACAUGACGCAUGCCUAAAACUAUGGUAUGUUUGAAUUUUGUCUUAUAUAUAAGAAAUGUGCGUAUCUAAAUCAUUCUAAACAAGAAUAUUUCAAGAGUCUGUUAACUUUAUAAUUAUAAAAAAGUCAAUAUUAUCGUGAUUACAUAUUUUGUAUUUCCAGAAAACAGUAAAUGCUUAUGAAACAUCGGAAGGCAUUUUUGAAACUUGAGUGAAUUAUAACUUAUCUCAUUUUUCUGUGUACAUUCUAAUGUAAUUAGCUCUGUUCGUGAAAAAAUAUAAUUAUUAGAUGGAUUUAAAAAUUAGUAUUACCCUGAAAUUCUCCAUAAAUGUUGAAAUAUUCCAAAAAUAAAUUAAGCAUUAAAUGCAAAUAUUCUGAGUAUUCAUAAAAUUUUAAGUCCAAGCGAAUAGAUUAUACUAUUUUAAUAUAUUCAUCAAAAAUUUAAUAGGAACAUGAAUUUGACUUUCAUAUAAUUGCUGAUGCAUUCUAGGUAAUUAUGUAAUACAGAUAGAUGUUAUUAAAAUUUAUAAAGAAAGAAAUUAUUAUUUUAAUGUAGUAACAUAGCUCCGACUCGCAUAGACUCGCAUAACAAUAAUAAAUUUGGUAAAAAUUAGUGUAGUGAAAUGACAAAAUGUUUUUAUUCGAAAACUAGAAAACAGAUAGCAGUCAUUAAGGAAACUUCAUAUGACCCGUCCCCAUUGAUGAUUUACUCAAAUUACUGUAGGAUAUUCCCGAAAUGUGCCAGUCUUAUUGCAAAUAAAGCAUCGUCUGCUAUUGUUACAGCUAACGGGUGGAUUAUUUAAAUUAACAGCGGGUGAUUUGUUCAAUAUGUAUAGUAAACAACAGUAAUUACUAUAAUUUGUAUAUUAAAUAUCCAAUAAUGUUAUUUCAAGUCAUAUUAAAGAACAAUGAAAAUGUUAGCAACCUUUCAAUUGGAAACCUUAAUUAUCAGUCAAAUUUCAUUCAUUGUAUAAAGUCAUAAUGUAAAUAAUAUAAAAAUCAUCCAUCACUGAAUUUUUAAAUGAAUUUAUAUUAAUUUAAUUCGUUAUUUAUAAUAUUUUCAAAGCCCUUUUCAUCCUGUAUACUGAGUAAACUAAAACUACAACAAUUAUCUUCAUGCCAACUUCAAAUUUUCAUGACAGAAUACAGUUAAUUAAUUCUGCAUUUAGAUUCAUAUAUUACAUCAUUCAUCUUAUAACCAUAACCGUACCCUCCGAUUACUAUUUACUACUAUGCAUGCCUCUUGAUAAUACUUCUGAGGAUGAUGAGCUUAUUGGUUUUUAUAUGAAACAUUUUCUCUGGAGAACGUUCAAAAUAGCUACUAGGUGGUUGUGUAUUACCCUUCCUUUUAAAUAAUGCAACCGCUUGAGUGCUGGACAAGAAUGGGCACAGCCUUCGUCGUCAACUAGAAGCACAAGUUCUUAAAAUGGAACAUUUAGAAACCCUCACGGAUUUGUUGUAGUGCGAGUAUGCGUCUGCACCGACUGAUGAUUGGUUAAAUUGACUAAUAAACUGACUGACUGCAUUCAAUUAUUACCUUCUAUCUGUGCCAUAAGAAGGCGUAUGAAGAAUGCAUUUUGCAGUGGACUAUCUAUUGUAAAAAUAAAACCUAUUGAGUAAAUUAAAACUUGUGAAUAAUUCAAAAAA